AGGAGGUGAAAUUUCAGUUCUAUUUGCUGCAUUGAACUUAAGCAUUUACCAGCAUUUAAGGCAUCUGGCUAAUUGUCUAAUGAUUUGAGUCUUCCAAAGUUUAAAAACAAUUGCUGUAUAAUUGAAAUAUGAAGAUUAAGAAGCUAAAUAAUAGUUUACACUUUUGGAAUUAGAAAAACUUUAUUUUUGUGCUUAACAGGUCAAUGUACGUAAUGGAAUGACUCUUCAUGACUGUCUUAUGAAAGCACUCAAAGUUAGAGGUCUGCAGCCAGAAUGCUGUGCUGUUUUUCGAUUACAACACAAAGGUAAAAAAGCACGAUUGGAUUGGGGUACAGAUGCUGCAUCCUUGAUUGGAGAAGAAUUACAAGUUGACUUCCUUGAUCAUGUUCCACUCACAACACAUAACUUCGCACGGAAAACAUUUCUGAAGCUUGCAUACUGUGACAUCUGUCAGAAGUUUUUACUAAAUGGAUUCCGAUGCCAAACCUGCGGUUACAAAUUCCAUGAGCACUGCAGCACAAAAGUUCCAACUAUGUGUGUGGACUGGAGCAAUAUCCGGCAGCUCUUAUUAUUUCCACAUUCAAAUGUUGGUGAUAGUGGUAUCUCAGCACCUCCUUUGAUGACUCGGCGAAUACGUGAAUCUGUGUCUCGGAUGCCUGUUAAUUCUCAGCAUAGAUAUUCUACACCUCAUGUCUUCACAUUCAGUGGAACAAAUCCUUCUCCUGAAUGUUCCCUUUCUCAAAGACAGAGAUCCACUUCUACCCCAAAUGUCCACAUGGUCA